AUGAAAGUGUUGAGAACAUUAUUGUUAACUUUAUUCAUCGGAGCGCUUGGUUCCGCUGUUCCUUCGAUAUCCGAGUAUCGGCCAUGGUGGAUGCAUGGCGUAGGACAUUUGAGCGGAUUUAAUAAAAUUGUCGGUGGGUUUGAAAUUGACAUUUCUCAAGCUCCAUUUCAAGUUAGCCUUCGCGUUAGAGGCCACAUAUGUGGCGGAAGUAUUAUUAGCAAACGAUGGAUUCUCACAGCAGCACAUUGUGCUUCUCCCAAAGAAGGCCCUUACGAAGUACGCGUGGGAUCAUCUACUUCGAAGAGUGGAGGACAACUGUUUUCUAUUAAAAAAGUUAUACAGCACCCCAAAUACAACAGUGGAACAUUUAAAAACGAUUUCGCAUUGUUGGAAUUAGAAAUCGAUUUAGAAUUCAGUGAAAACGUUGCUCCGAUAGAUUUACCAAACCAGAACGAACCGGUAAAGGAAGGGACGAUGCUUCAAGUUUCUGGUUGGGGUACGACGCAGAAUCCUAAUGAGUCGAACACUGUGCUUCGAGCAGUUAACGUGCCAGCCGUAGAUCAACAAGAAUGUAAUCGUAGUUAUGGAAAUAGGAAUAAAAUACAUGACGAAAUGCUCUGUGCAGGUUACCUAGAAGGAGGAAAAGAUUCAUGUCAGGGAGACUCAGGUGGUCCUUUGGUGAAAGGAAAUGUCCUAGUUGGUGUGGUUUCAUGGGGUAAAGGAUGUGCUGAGGCUGGGUAUUAUGGCGUUUACGCCCGCGUGGCAAGUGCAAAGAAUUGGAUAACUAGUGUAAUGGACAAAUAAAAAUUCAUGCAAUGAAAACAGUAAAAUGUUUUAUGAGCGUGUAAAUAUGAGAAUCGGAAAUAAGAAAAGCAAAAGUCUAAAGCCUUCUAGCUUAGCUUAGUAAGGCAGGGCUUGACCGUACAGCGGUUGUUGAGCCAUAUAAGAAGAAGAAGAAGAAGAAGAAGAAGAAGAAGAAGAAGAAGAAAGUCUAAAUUAGGAAGCACUUCGUCUUUGUAAAUUGUUCCUUGUUAAUCCCUUGAUAGGGAAAUCGAUAAUACUACGACUUGCUGAUAGCCGAAAGCGUUAGCGUGUGGCACAAACACACGAUAGAUGUUUCAAUAGAUUGCAUUUAAGCCUUUCCAUGCCAGAAAGAAAUGAUCGAGCUGUGGGCGACCA